UUCGCCCUAACUUAGGAGAAAAAUUUCUGCUGGUGCGUUCGACCGGUGGAUCGUCGCAUCAAGGCAACUUGGCGUCCGACCCACUGUCGGAUUUUCAUCCAACCAUUGGUGAGAAGUGCAGACUUUAGUAGAGCCGAUGUUGAAUGGUGCAACUUUAGUCUCAACAAACAACGGCUCAGGUUUCCUAAAUCUCCUGCGUUGACCGUGAGUCCCACUCGGAGGCUUGCCGAGCAAAAUCUCUCAGACUUGACCAUUUCGGCCUCCGGUGAAACCACGGCGUUACCCUACACGGGACACAUCGGCAUGCCGUACGGAUGCAGGCCUUAAUGGAUUUAGUCUAGUCGGGAAAAGUCUGCAUGCAGAUCAACAGAAGUGGUUAACCUGUUUAGUAGGUCGGCCAUCUAGGUGGCCCUCUUCGUGGUCAACUCACGGUGGUGUGACAGUCACGGACAUCAUCAUGCAACCUGAAUCAUGUGUUUGUAUAGCUUUUUCUGGCCUUCAUGUCUCUUGAUAGUCUUUGCUUGUCCGUUGCUUCUUCCUAGUUCCUUGGCUAUAUUGACGAUCCUAUCAUCAGUAGAUCAUGAACCGGGACGUGCAUUCUUGCUCGGCGGCAAUACCAUGGAAACCAGCCGAUGUUCCUGGGACGACUUAUGGCACCGCAAAUUUUACUAUUGGCGGGUUUUACGGGAUGGCAAAUGUGUUUCGCAGAUAUUUCAGCGUGGCGUCAUAAGAUACUUUGCGUAUUGCUUUCCGUGGUAGAGUAUCACAAAGAAUUUUCGUAGUCAGGUUGUAGUUGUUGCACAGUACACCCGGGAUAUGACAUCCAUGAUGCUACCAGGAUGAUAUCAGACAGCACUAUAACACCAUAAUAGGCAAAAUUGGAACUGCUGAGAAACAAAUAGCCCUGUUUUCUGGCUAUUAAUAAUGUAUUAUGUUAUAGAUGUAAGAAAUAGUAAGCAAUAGUCUACAUAUUUGUGAUACCAGAACAUAACGGAUUAAGCUAUACACCAACACUUAGGGCUGCAGACUUCCCCAGCAUCUGUACUCCAUAUCAUUCAAAGACAUCGCGUGUUUCUCCAGACCCCAGCACUCCAGUAUCUCGAGUCAAAUCCCCAAACCUCCGGUUUCUGCGACACGUGGUACUCCAGACUCGGUGCUUGGGAAAAGUCAUGGCGACGAAGUACAAAGGCAUUCACCGGAGGUGAGACUAUAGCCCUAUACAGUAACCGGUCACCAGCUCCACACCAGCUAUAUUUCGGGGCCUAUCGCUGGCAUUUGAUUGGGCAAGACAUCCGGCUUUGUUUAGAAAAGUCGUACGAUUUUCUCCCACAGUUCUAGCAUGCUAAUGUCAAUGCCAAUGC